AUGCAACGACGCGUUGGCGGGGCAACUGUUUGGUGGCAACGCCUUCUGUUCUCUCGCCAGGGGUACCCAGUCACCAUAAAUAGCAACAGCAACUAUAACAGCAGUAAUUAUAGCAACAGCAAUUGUGAUGACAGAAAUAAGUUGAAGAAAUAA